AUGGUGCUUAAUGUCUACUGGCCGAGUACUCUUCGAAGCAAUGGUAAUGCUAGACUUUUAGUUGGCUACAAAUCGCAAAAUGGUGAGAAUAUAGUGGUGGUCUCUGCUAUAGAGAAGAGCUGGCUGAGCAUUCUCCAAAGACAAACAGUGAUAUCAAAUGAAACCUUCGAGCUCUCAAUUAAGUUUCCUGCCAGUUCGAGUCUUCGCUUGUCAGUGGUGGGAGUUCUGAAUUACGAAAGUUUCCAUCUGCUCGAAUUUGACAUGCUGAAGAAAGACGCAUAUCCCCUCAUCCACUGUCGCAGCUACAAUCUCAUCGUCUUCAAUCCUCCAAACUCCAAGAAGCUGGAGUAUUAUGCCACGCAUCCUGCUGAGGUUGACAUAUUCUGGUCUAGUUAUGAACUGCCUCUCAAAUCUCAGAGCAAUCAGCUUCCCGAGGUUGUGCAGCCUGAAAGCGAAUACGGUCGCAAGCUGGCACAAUAUAGCUCGAAGAGUUUGCCUAAACGGGCUACAUCUGAGCUUGACCUUACUCUGAGACACAUCAACUUGAGAAACUAUCUAUCAGCAGAGCUGGACAGUUAUUUGAAGAAGUAUCUGGAGGUUUCUACUUGCAAUUCUCGCAAAAUAGGGUCCUUUUCCCUGGUACUCUAUGCAUUCUCGUGGGCAGCCAAGCUGAUGUCGUUUAUCGGUAGUUAUCUCGCUAUUCUUUCCAAGUUUCCGUUGAAAUUGGUCAACUUCAUCAUCAUUUCAUUGAUCAAUAUCUUGUCGUACAGAGUGGGCGACAAGUCUCUAUCCACCAUCAGUUUUUCGUGUCAUCAGGUCAGAAACAGUCUAGCUAAUCUUCUGCUCUUUCCUGCUCAAUGUCAAAGAAUGCGAUCAGCAAUGCGAGAGUCGGAGUACUCAAUAGCCACUGGAUCAGCUCAUCUCUCGACUGAGUACAUCAAGCUGUAUAACACUGGCUGGUUAUGGGUAAACGAUAUUCUUUUGGGGGUGGUGAUAUCCAGGUUCCUCACUGAUCACGCUGAUAUCAUUUCCAGCUCAAGCAAGGAGAUCAUCAGUGAUCUCCUCACAAGAAGACUCAGCUACCUGAUCAGAUGGCUGAUGAACUCGCCUGCUGGUUUCAAGCUCAAUAACGAACUUGCUGGAUUUUUGGGAGAGCUCACACUAUGGGUCAUCAAAAUAUGGGAAGACUCCUUGAUAGACACCCUACUGUCACCUCAUAUGGUAAUGAUUCUUGUCACUCAAAUAGCACUUGCAACCCAAUUCAUGGGUGCUUCAUUUUUCAUUAGUGUAUGGCUCGACCUGAUGAAUAUUUUGGUGUUCCAUGUGCGUUGCUUCUACUUUGCAUCUACGAGAAUAUACCACUGGCAACUGGAUAUAUUAAGGUCUCUAUUCCGACUGUUUUACGGAAAGAAGUACAACCAUCUGAGGAAGAGAAUUGACUCCAACAACUACGAGCUUGAUCAGCUCUUUUUUGGAAUCAUUAUUUUCACCAUAUUACUGUACCUACUGCCCACUGUUGUGGUGUUCUACCUGACUUUUGUUCUUGCUCGCCUUUCCCUUUUCACGCUCACCGCUAUGUGCCAGUUCCUUCUGAUCGGUCUGAACUACAUGCCUUUGGUGGUGUUCCUUUUGAGACUUAAGCGGAAAACCGGCCUUCCAGGAGGUAUUCUCUUCAAGAAUUUAGAUAACUCGUCAGCUGAGUCUGUCGGUGUGUUUGAACUCAAAAGUCGUUCGCUAUCGCUGGCAGAAAUUGCAAAAUCGCAUGCCAAAUCUGUGCUAAGAUUCAAUAUCAGAAACCUACAAAUGCACAGGAGCGCUUUUCCUUCGGGUGAGGUGGAGCUUGAAUGGAGCACCCUAUCACCAAUGGUGUUGGCGAGAAACGUAGCGUUUGGAGACCCAAUCGAAAACUUCUCAUACACCACACUUUUUUGA